UGGGGCUGCUGAUUGUGGUCGGAAACUAUUCGCGGACGUACUGGGAGCUGUUUAUAAACAACCCCGCUGUCCGAAGCGGCAGCGAGUUGUUGUCUGAACGUUUAAGUUUUUUUUAUAACAUGGAGGCUCGCAGUAGUCAUUAGCGAGUGUAAAUGACUUUGUCGAGUUGUGUUUUUACUGGGACAGUUCGUGCGACGUGUCCUCGAAAUAUGGACUGAAGGGAACAGUAGAAGGCGUCAUCAAACUGUUUACGUCAAUCCGAAGUUAAUUGCCAUUAACGCUGGAACAAACAAAACAACGACAAUUUUUAGCCACUUGUAUCUGGGCCUCUGGGGAGAACAAUCCAGGACUGACGGUUCCAUUGUGCUUUUUCUAUUCAGUAUCUGUGGGCGCAGCGAGAUAAAGCUGAGCAGGUGCCUUGUCAAAGUUACGCAGUAGUGUUGGCUGUGGGCAGUCAGCGGGACACAUGGCAGAGGAAGGCAACAAGCUGACACUGAGGCGCCUGGAGGCACCGAUCCACAAGUUCAUUAAAGUGGCUCUGCCCACAGACCUGGAGAGACUGCAGAAACACCAUAACAACAUACUGAAGUACCAGCAUACCCAGCAAUGGGAUCGCCUUCAUCAGGAGCAUAUUAACGCCAGCAGAACUGUUCAGCAGCUGAGAGCCAACAUGAAAGAGAUGGAGAAGCUCUGCGCUCGGGUCCGAGCUGAAGACGCCGAUGCUCUGGAAGCGCUCAUCAAACCGGUCAGAGACAGGGCGUCAGCCGCCGCACAGGACUUCCUCCAUUUGCACUCUAACCCCGAGCCUCAGCCCGCUCCAACGCCACCACCUGCCACUCAUCCAUCCAGCUGUGCAUUCAGUAGCUGCCACACUGAUGACAAUGCGGACGACGUACCAGGAUUUGGCAGGCAAAGCCAGCUCCAGCUUCCAGAAAUCCCUCCUGAUCAGAGAGCAGCUGAGUCCUGGGAUAACCUGGAAGAGGAUCUGAAGGAGCUGAGCGGUUUGGUGACAGAGUUUUCUAUCCUCGUCCACUCCCAGCAGGAGAAGAUUGACAGCAUAGAGGACAACGUCAACACAGCCGCUGCCAACGUGGAGGAGGGGACCAAGAGCCUGGGGAAGGCAGUUGGCUACAAGUUGGCGGUGUUGCCGGUUGCCGGGGCGCUGCUGGGCGGUGUAUUAGGAGGCCCACUUGGCCUGCUGGCUGGCUUUAAAGCUGCGGGGGUGGCUGCCGCUCUGGGAGGCGGCGCCCUGGGGUUUGCUGGUGGCAACAUGGUCCAGAAGCACCGCCGAGCCAAAGUGGAUCUACAGAUGAAACAGCUGACGGCAACACCAUCACCACCGCCAUCGCCGCCACCAACAGAUGAACCAGAGGCGAGGAAGGACAAAUGACCCAUCAGCCCCUGGUGUUCCACUGACCUAUCACUGACGGUCCUGUAUUGACUGACCAAUGAACACCUCUGGUGUUGAGCUUCAGAGACUGAGUGUCGGGUGCUCGCCUUAAACAUCGCUGUUACCAAGCACUGUGUAAAACAAUUAUGUAAUGACGGCCUUAAUUAAGAGUCACACGCUGAUGUUCCAGGGUGAAUGGUGUUUCUGUGGGGAUGUUUUGUUUUUUUUUUAAUACACCAAUGAUUUUAUGUUGUGAACACAGCACCAGUUAUUUAUACUACAGGGUUUUUUUGUUUUUUUUUGUGCUUUGACUAUUGAGCACAACUCUCUACUAAAAACAAUGUUCAGCACUUCAAUCAAUUUACUUUAAGACGGUUUUGUCAGACCCUACCAAUAAUGUGAGCACAGUUAAUCCAUGUUGCUUAGGCUCAUUUCCAGGGUGUUCAGGUUUACCGAUGGCUAUGCCUCACAGUUGUUUAAUGCAGAUAGUAAUGUGAACAGCUUUGUGUAAAUUUGUUUUUAUAAAUUAUAUUGAUGCACAAAAAGUGCUACUGUCCAUAUCUUAUCCUGCUGCUGCCAAAUAAAACAUUUCUUUUUAA